UUGUCGUGGAGCGUAGUACUCGCGGCAGCCGUGAAUGGGAGGGGACGUUUCUUCGCCGUGAGGCGGCUUUAUUUUGAUUUUUUUUGGGUUUCCUACCCCAACCCGUGAUAAAUUUACCUCGGCUCCCUUCUGGAUACAAACGUGUUCGUUUAUAAUAAUCGCGUAGCAAGAAAGCUUUGGAGUUGUGGAGCAUGGAGGAAGGGUCCGGCGAAGGUGACAUGUUUACAGUUGAGCACGAGCUGAAGAACGCUAAUUUAACAGGCCAUGCAGAAAAAGUUGGGAUUGAAAACUUUGAACUAUUAAAGGUCCUUGGAACUGGAGCUUAUGGAAAAGUAUUUCUAGUGCGAAAAAUCAGCGGCCAUGACACCGGACAGCUUUUUGCCAUGAAGGUUCUGAAAAAGGCAACAAUAGUUCAAAAAGCAAAGACGGCAGAACACACCAGGACAGAGCGUCAAGUGUUGGAACAUAUUCGGCAGUCACCAUUCCUUGUCACAUUACACUAUGCUUUCCAGACAGAUACAAAACUUCAUCUAAUUUUAGACUAUGUGAAUGGAGGGGAAUUAUUCACUCACUUGUCACAGAGAGAGCGCUUCACGGAGAAUGCAGUGAGAAUAUACAGUGGGGAGAUAGUGCUGGCAUUGGAACAUCUGCACAAGCUUGGAAUUAUUUAUCGAGAUAUUAAAUUGGAGAACAUUCUUCUUGACAGUAAUGGUCAUGUGGUUCUGACAGAUUUUGGACUUAGUAAAGAGUUUCUCAUAGAUGAAAAUGAACGAGCAUAUUCCUUUUGUGGAACAAUAGAAUACAUGGCUCCAGAAAUUGUACAAGGAGGCGAUGCAGGACAUGAUAAGGCUGUAGAUUGGUGGAGCCUUGGCGUUCUGAUGUACGAGCUAAAAACUGGAGCAUCGCCUUUCACUGUUGACGGGGAAAGAAAUUCACAAACCGAGAUUUCAAAGAGAAUUCUAAAAAGUGACCCUCCAUAUCCGCCAGAAAUCGGCCCUUUAGCUAAAGACAUAAUGAAGAAACUCCUCAUGAAAGACCCCAAGAAAAGGUUGGGUUCUGGUCCUGGAGGUGCUGACGAAAUUAAAUCUCACCUCUUCUUCCAGAAAAUAAACUGGGAUGAGUUAGCUGCCAAAAACAUCGAAGCCCCGUUUAAGCCGGUCAUCAGGGACGAGUUGGACGUCAGCAACUUUGCUGAGGAAUUCACGGAGAUGGACCCCACGUACUCGCCUGCAGCAUUGCCGAAGAACUCCGACAGGAUCUUUCAGGGCUAUUCUUUCAUUGCCCCAUCCAUUCUCUUCAAACGUAAUGCUGUGAUGACUGAUCCCAUUCAACUUCACCUAGGAGUGGAUCGUCCUGGUAGUACAGCCAUCGCUCGAAGUGCUAUGAUGAAGGAUUCACCAUUUUAUCAACACUAUGACCUUGAUUUAAAAGAUAGUCCACUUGGAGAAGGAAGUUUCUCCAUCUGCAGAAGGUGUCGUAAUAAGAAAACUGGGCAGGAGUUUGCAGUGAAAAUUGUCAGCAAAAGAAUGGAAGCGAACACUAAAAGGGAGAUAGCAGCUCUGAAACUCUGUGAAGGACACCCGAACAUUGUAAAGCUGCACGAUGUUUAUCACGAUCAGCUGCACACGUUUUUGGUGAUGGAGUUGCUGAACGGGGGAGAACUGCUGGAGCGAAUCCGGAAGAAAAAGCACUUCAGUGAAACGGAAGCCAGUUGCAUUAUGCGCAAGCUGGUCUCUGCCGUCAGCCACAUGCACGAUGUGGGAGUUGUGCACAGGGAUUUGAAGCCUGAGAACUUGCUGUACGCUGACGAAACCAACAGCACGGAAAUAAAAGUCAUAGAUUUUGGUUUUGCACGACUGAAGCCUCCCGACAACCAGCCGCUGAAGACGCCGUGCUUCACGCUCCAUUACGCGGCACCCGAACUCCUGAAGGAUGACGGCUACGACGAAUCGUGCGAUCUGUGGAGCUUGGGCGUCAUCUUGUACACCAUGCUAUCCGGCAAGGUUCCAUUCCAAUGUGAAGAACAGACCUUGACUUCCACAAGUGCAGAAGAGAUCAUGAGAAAGAUCAAACAAGGAGACUUCUCAUUCGAGGGGGAAGCCUGGAGGAGCGUCUCACAAGAGGCCAAGGAGCUGAUACAAGGGCUUCUAACUGUCGACCCGAACAAACGGAUUAAGAUGUCGAGCCUACGUUUCAACGAAUGGCUUCAGGACGGCAGCCAGUUGUCACUCAACCCAUUGAUGACCCCAGACAUCCUUGGUUCUUCAGGACUUUCUGUCCACACCUAUGUCAAAGCAACCUUUCACGCCUUCAACCAGUGCAAGAGGGAGGGCUUUUGUCUGCAGAACGUGGACAAGGCGCCGCUGGCUAAAAGGCGCAAGAUGAAGAAUAGCACCAGCACGGAGACCCGGAGCAGCUCCAGUGAGAGCUCGCACUCCUCCUCUUCCCAGUCCCAUGACAAGACCACCCCCACCAAGAUGCUGCAACCCAGCAACCCAGCGGACAACAGAAACCCCGACACCAUCUUCCAGUUCUCCGACUGAGCUGCAACAGGCAGGCCCUUAUUCCCAACUUUAAAAAUAAACCCACCUUUACUUU